UCGAUAAUAGUCCUGUUUACACACGGAAAGUCAGACAACCGCGUCUCUCACGACCAUCCGGCAACAAUCGAGUUGAUAAAAAUAAAGGAACAGAUAAAUUCGUCAUUACAGCGCAGGAAAAAAUACAAGGUUCACCUGUUUGAUUGUGAAGCAUUGACGGUAGUUGACCCCAGUCAAGCGUGUCAGAGUGUCUGGCAUCCGGUAAUAAUACUGGUGGUGGGAGCUGAGAGUCGGUGGGGAAUAAUGUGUCUCUAAGCAACGUCAGUCGACAACACUUGCUGAAACGGUAAACGUACUCCUCGAACUUUGUGCAAAACUCCAUUGCUUCCUGAGCGAUCAACUGGAUAAAGUGAAAGUGAUCAUGACACCCAAAAUACCAGCAGCAACGAAUACCAAAUCCACGUGACAAUACAUCUCUCGAAGGAUGACACUUCAUUGGCAUUAUCACGUGAUUGAAUUAAAAUCUGGGUGAGUCAAGUUAAUGGGAGUGACAGAAUAAAAAUGCUGUUAUGCGGACGAGGCAAGAGACUGUGGCUGUUGGCCUUCAUCGUCACACUAGCAUGUCUGCAUCUCGUAUUAAUGUACUGUGAUAUAAGAAUAGUGGAAUGGGAGCCGAGUAAAUAUUUAUUUGGAUUUGGUAAGAACGAUCCGCCGCAUCUGGGUAAUUCAACAAAGAAGAUACUGUAUUGGAAUACUAUGUUCGGUGAUGAGACAUUCUACUUUGGUCACGGUGAUAUAUUUAACAAGUGCCCCGAUUUACCCACCGGUGGGUGCUAUGCAACGCACGAUCGAUAUAUAUUCGAUAUUCGGGAUUAUGAUGCUUUAUUGUUUCAUGGGAAUGAGUUGUCGGUGAGGGAUCGACCGGCGAUUCGGGAUCAAUCACAAUUUUAUGUUUUUGUUAAUCUUGAGAGUCCUGUGACGUGGGUCAAGCGGGCAAAGCCAUUCUUCGAGGAUUAUUUCAAUUUGACAAUGACGUACAGAGUUGACAGUGAUGUACAGUGGUCGUACUAUUCUGUGCGUGACAGAAUAAGUGGAGAUAUUGUGGCGCCGGUGGGGAGUGCCGUUUGGAAGACAUCCGAGGAUGCAACAGCGGACCUUGGGCCGAGCGGUGAGAUAAUGGAGAUCAUCAAGACAAAGAGAAAAACGGCGGUGUGGUUUGUGAGUAAUUGCGAAACAGACAGUGCACGUGAAAAAUACGUGAAGGAAUUGUCGAAACAUGUGGAUGUUGAUAUUUAUGGCAGAUGCGGAAGUGAAAUGAAAUGUCCAAAGGGUGAGGAUUGCUUCCGAAAAAUCGUGGAGCCUGAGUACUUCUUUUAUUUAUCCUUCGAGAACAGCCUCUGCCAGGACUACGUCACGGAGAAAUUAUCCAAUGCUCUCAUGCAUAAUGUUGUUCCGGUUGUUUAUGGUGGGGCGGACUAUGGGUCAUCGGCACCACCGAAUUCUUACAUAAACACCCUAGACUUCCGGUCCCCGAAGGAACUAGCACAAUUUUUAAUAAGACUGACGAAAAAUCCAUCCAAAUACGCCGAGUACUUCCGAUGGAAGAGGUAUUAUGAAAUCGUUCCUGGCACGCAGUUGGCUAUUUGUCGCCUCUGCAAGUAUCUCCACGGGGCAAAAGGCAGUAAAGUGUACAAUUCAAUGGCCGAUUGGUACUUGAAGGGAAAAUGCCCGUUGCAGGACAAGUUGAAGAGUUUUCCAUAUGCCACCCAAUUGGCUACGAUGUUCGCUGACGAUUAAAUCCCUCCACUUAUUUUUUUUUUUUCAUUGUGAAUUUUAUGUUUCAACUGUAAAGAAGUCUAUUAUUUGUUCCACUAGGAUAAUGCCAAUAAAGAUAAGGUGAAAGUA